CCGGCGCAGCGCAUGUGACGUCAGUGCUGUAUUCUGGGCCGGAACUGGUGCUGGAAAGAUUCGUAGACAAGUGUAUUGCUGAGAAGCUGCGCUGCGACCACCGCCGAGAUGUCCAUCGAGAUAGAAUCGUCCGAUGUCAUACGUCUUAUUAUGCAGUACUUGAAAGAAAACAGUUUGCAUCGUACAUUGGCAACGUUGCAAGAGGAAACCACUGUGUCUUUAAAUACCGUGGAUAGUAUAGAGAGCUUUGUGGCGGACAUUAACAGUGGGCAUUGGGAUACAGUGCUGCAGGCUAUUCAGUCACUGAAACUGCCGGACAAGACACUUAUUGAUCUUUAUGAGCAGGUUGUAUUGGAAUUGAUUGAGCUCCGUGAGUUGGGAGCUGCCAGAUCGCUUCUGAGACAGACUGACCCAAUGAUCAUGUUAAAACAGACCCAGCCUGAAAGAUACAUCCACCUUGAAAACCUCUUGGCACGAUCCUAUUUUGACCCUCGUGAGGCGUACCCAGAUGGCAGUAGCAAAGAGAAGAGGAGAGCAGCGAUAGCUCAAGCUCUUGCUGGAGAAGUGAGCGUGGUGCCGCCUUCUCGUCUCAUGGCGCUGUUGGGACAGGCCUUAAAGUGGCAACAGCAUCAGGGACUUCUGCCUCCAGGAAUGACCAUCGAUUUGUUCCGUGGUAAAGCAGCUGUAAAAGACGUAGAGGAAGAGAAGUUCCCCACCCAGCUGAGCAGGCAUAUUAAGUUUGGUCAGAAGUCUCACGUAGAAUGUGCCCGCUUUUCCCCCGAUGGCCAGUAUUUGGUGACUGGAUCUGUAGAUGGAUUUAUUGAGGUGUGGAACUUCACAACAGGAAAAAUCAGAAAGGACUUGAAGUACCAGGCUCAAGAUAACUUCAUGAUGAUGGAUGAUGCUGUGUUAUGUAUGUGCUUUAGCAGGGACACUGAAAUGUUAGCUACAGGAGCACAGGAUGGCAAAAUUAAGGUGUGGAAGAUUCAGAGUGGACAGUGUUUGAGGCGAUUUGAACGUGCACACAGUAAAGGUGUCACAUGCCUUAGUUUCUCGAAAGACAGCAGUCAGAUCCUCAGCGCUUCCUUUGACCAGACUAUCAGAAUCCAUGGCCUAAAAUCUGGAAAAACCUUGAAAGAGUUUAGAGGGCAUUCAUCGUUUGUGAAUGAGGCAACUUUCACACAGGAUGGUCACUACAUUAUUAGUGCUUCAUCUGAUGGCACAGUAAAGGUGUGGAAUAUGAAGACCACAGAGUGUGCCAAUACAUUCAAGUCACUUGGCAGCACUGCUGGCACGGACAUCACAGUCAAUAGUGUUAUUCUACUGCCGAAGAAUCCAGAGCACUUUGUUGUGUGUAACCGAUCAAACACUGUUGUUAUUAUGAACAUGCAAGGACAGAUUGUAAGGAGCUUCAGCUCUGGUAAGAGAGAAGGUGGAGACUUUGUGUGCUGUACAUUGUCACCCAGGGGAGAGUGGAUCUACUGUGUUGGAGAAGAUUUUGUGCUUUACUGUUUCAGCACAGUUACUGGCAAGCUGGAGAGGACCCUGACUGUACAUGAGAAAGAUGUUAUUGGCAUCGCCCAUCACCCUCAUCAGAAUCUGAUUGGUACCUACAGUGAAGAUGGGCUUCUCAAGCUUUGGAAACCAUAGAAGCACAAUACACCCCUUUUUCCCAUUGUUGGGAAUAGAUUGUUUUCUUGGCAGUGCUAUGAAUAAAAUGUUUUACUUUUUGUUUUUUAAGUCAA